UUUUUGCUCCUCUGGUUUGCUUGGUUAUUGGGAAAACGAGUUGAACUGGAUGCAAAGUUGUGGAAUUUUUCUUUUGUUUUGUUUUCUAUUGUUAAAAGUUGAAUUUAGUUGGCUUCUGUGGGAAGGCACCAAAACUAAAGGGAAUGCUAAGUUUCUUGAUGUUGGUUCCGUUUAAAUCCCAGAUGGUGUAAUGUCCGAAAUGUUAUGAAAUUUGUUAACUUUAUUGAUUUGUUUCCCUUUUCUGUUCUGAUUGCUGAGGGAAGUGUAAAAAGGAAAAUGAAAGGUAAAAGAAAUUCAAAGCAUGUUUCCCCUACUUAUCUGUACCAAUUUCACUUGUCGAAAUGAUUGAAGUGGUAUUAGGCUGAGUUCAAUCUACUAUGUUCAAGUAAUGUUGGCAUGUAUUUGUAAUGUUUUUAUUUUUGUUAUGUUGUAACUGCAAUGCUGUUUCCUUUAUUUGAACAAAACCUCAACUUGCCUAAAAUUUCAGGGAAUCGAUGAAACAUUCGAUGUUUUAUUCAUUCUUGAUCAUUCGAAUGUGUUCUUAACUGCCAGUUCAUCAUAAUCACAGUUUCUUAAUUAUCAAUGUGACCUGAUAAUAUUUGGGAUGUUCCGUUCCAUUCCUUUGGUGCUUAAUUUUUGAACUAGUUUCACAUAGUGCUUGGUGGGUCGUGAUUAUUCAUGAGUUCUAACACAUGAGAUGAUCUACCAGGUCUACCUUCGAAAGAGCGAUGACUUAUGAGGAGAGCAGGAAGAGUGCAUUGAGCUCUAUUUGAUUUUGAUUGUGUCCCCCGCCGCCCUUAACGUUUCAACCGGAAUCUAAUGUUACGCCUGGCUCCCAAUCUUGUACGAAGAACCUCAUCUAGAACCCCUUCACCCUCACCCUCCUCUUUCAAUUUCUCAGUAUGUUUGUUGCUUCGAAACACUUUCCCUCAAUGCCAACAGGGAGACCACCCUUUCCAGAAGCAUUAUUUUUCUUGGGGGUCGAAGGCGUCAAGCCCUAGCCUCUCCAUAUGGAGGCGCAGGAAAGAGAUGGGGAAGGAGGGUCUUAUCGCGGCUAAGGAGCUCAAGAGGCUCCGCUCCCAUCCUCUCCGCCUCGACCAGUUCAUACGCUCAAACGUGUCCCGCUUGCUCAAGUCCGAUCUUGUAGCUGUUCUUGCCGAGUUCCAGAGACAAGACCAGGUCUUUCUCUCCAUGAAGAUAUAUGAUGUGGUGCGUAAAGAAAUUUGGUAUCGACCAGACAUGUUCUUUUACAGGGACAUGCUUAUGAUGCUUGGAAGAAACAAAAAGGUAGAUGAAGCAAAGCAGGUUUGGGGAGAUCUGAAGAGAGAGGAAGUUCUGUUUGAUCAGCAUACUUUUGGGGAUAUUAUCAGGGCUUUUCUAGAUAAUGGAUUGCCCUCGGAGGCAAUGGAGAUAUAUGAUGAAAUGAGACAAUCUCCUCAUCCUCCAAUCUCACUGCCUUUUAGAGUAAUAUUGAAGGGGCUUCUUCCAUACCCAGAAUUGAGGGAGAAGGUGAAAGAUGACUUCUUGGAGCUAUUUCCUGAUAUGAUCAUCUAUGACCCACCCGAAGACUUAUUUGAAGAUCAAGAAUGUAAAAGAGAAAAUUAAGAUGAUUAGAUAGUGCUGCUAUACUUAUACAUGCUCUAUAUGAGAGAAUCCUUUCAUUUGCAGAAGCUAAAUCCAUUGGCAUGGCUAGAUGCACCCUCAGUUGCCUGUGGAGCACGAAACCAGGAGUUAAGUGGGUCUUUUGCAGUGGUUCAUUGUGUAGCAACGAAUGGCCCUAGUUCUGGUUCGAAGAAUUUGGUGGUGCAUGUUUGGGAUGUCAUAUAAAAAAACAGUCGGGCAGAAUUAGAUAUGCAAUCCUAGUUUUUUCUUUUCUUUUUGUGGCUUUUGGGUCCAUACAGUUUUGUUUUCCUUUUUAAAUCACUACAAUUUAUGUAAAUUAGUUUUCGACUGACCUUGAUCACAAUUGAGAGCAUAGUUCUGGACUAACUUGUUAAUAAGGACAUAUCAUACUGUGAAUCUAGCAGCGGGGAUAUCAUGUUGGAUUACU